CACGACAUGAUCCAGCCAGGAUUCAGAUUUACAGGAGAGCACAGAAAAGCUUAAGCCUGUCUCGCCCUCCUUCUCUUUCAGACUGCUCUACCAUUCUGUCGCGAUGCACACACGGACAAUGGUUGUUUUGCUGGUCAUUGUUUUCGUGUCUGUCGCUUUGUCUGCACCAAUCAGUGAUGGCACAGACAACGAUGAGAAAGCACAGGCACCGCUAGACUUAUUGAUGGGUGAUAACAAUGAAGUUCACCCGACUAACAGCCCCGUAAACAGAGACUCGGGAACUACAGAUGGAAAAGACUCUACAGAGAAAAGAGACGGUACAGCAAAUGACCCAGCAGGUACAACAGAAAAACCACGUGACACGAGUCGGGAUGAAACCACGAGUGGUCCAGAUUCCACUGAUUCUUCUGAAUCUGCAGUAGAAAAAAAGGACUCGGACAUAUCAGACCCAGCUGAAGAGAAUAAUAAAGAUCCUCUAGAUGACACGGCCGAACGAGCAUCAACAGAAAAGAAACUAGAUGACACAGAAGUAACAGACACACAAACAGAUUCUGCUGAUACGGAUUCAACACUUAUCUCAUCAAAUGAAAUGGACUCUGUGGACAAGACCUCCUCCAGUACAGAGACAGGGUCACGUGAUGAGGAUAAAGACAAGGAUUCUCAAGAAUCUGAAAAGCAGAAGUCAGACAGCAGCACUGAUACAAACAAGGACAGUAAAGAACAAGAUGUAGAGAAAAACUCAGAGAUGGAGGACAAGGACAAAGCUGUUGGUAAAGCUGUGGACAGUGACAGUGAUGGUGAUGAGACUAGAGACAGAGAAGACACUGAAGGGAAAGAUUCAUCAGAAAGAAAGGACAAGACCAACAAGUCUGCUGAUACUGACAAAGAUACUGACCAUGACACAAGUUCUUCAGACAUGACAGAGGUCAGUGACAGCACUGAGAAGACUGAGAAAGAAAAGGAUCAGGAAACUGAGAAAGAAAAGGAUCAGGACACUGAGAAAGAGAAGGAUCAAGACACUGAGAAAGAAAAGGAUCAGGACAAUGAGAAAGAGAAGGAUCAAGACAAUGAGAAAGAGAAGGAUCAGGACACUGAGAAAGAGAAGGAUCAGGACAAUGAGAAAGAGAAGGAUCAAGACAAUGAGAAAGACAAUGAUAGAAAUACAGACAAUAGCAGAGAUGGUGAUAAAGAUGAUGGUGAUAAAGAUGAUGGUGAUAAAGAUGAUAAUGAUAAAGAUGAUGGUGAUAAAGAUGAUGGUGAUAAAGAUGAUGGUGAUAAAGAUGAUGGUGAUAAAGGUGAUAGUGAAAAAGAUGAUAGUGAUAAAGAUGAGGAUAGAGACAGUAAGAAAGAUGAUAAGGACAGCGAUGGAGACAGAGACACAGACAAUGAUGUGGAUAGCAAAGACUUAACAGAUGAGGAGGAUAGUGCAGACAGUGACAAGGACACCACAGAUGAAUCAAGCAUUGACAAAAGCAAUGAGAAGGGGGAAAAGGACACUGACCAAGAGACAAAGAGCAAGUCUGAGGAAUCUACGAGGAACUCUCGGCCAGAAUCGUUGAACUUGGACUCCUCAAGUAAAGAGGACAGUCAGGACAGAGAGAUGAGCAGCAGUGAGUCCACUGAUAAAGAAAGUUCAGACAGCAUGGACCAUGCUGACAAGGACAGCAAUGAGACAGAUGGAGAAGUUUCAGAUGUCAGUGCUAAUAGUGCAGAGAUAGAUUCUACUCCUGAUGCAACAUCACUUGAAACAGCUGAAGACUCUCAGGGUGACUCCAGUGAUGAGAAUGACAAUGAUGACUCAAGGGAUGUAACAGAGUCUAAAUCACAAGAGAACACUGAUGAAGACACUGAUGUAGACACAACUGCAGCCCCAUCUGAUGUACCUGACCAGCCAGAUCAUCUAGAUGACACACCACAAGGGUCCAUUGUUGGAAGCAAUAACGCUUCUCUAAGCUCCUAGCACCAGAGUAUCACUGGCUGAAACAGUUUAACAGGGUCAUGCAAUACAUGGUGAAAUAAAAGAGAAUCAACAGAAGUCACUGUGCUAACAGCUAACAACAUUUUAUAACUUUCUGUCCCCACUGAUGAAGGGUUCUUGGAUGGAAAAUAAGUUAUUCUGUGUGGUUUAUGUUCUGUUUUUUGCUUUUGUUUAAUUUGUGGAGAAACGUAUAGGUCAAAAUAUUUCUUUUUAUUCAAACAUAGAAAGAUUGAAACUUAGUAAUUAGUCACAAAUAUAAUGUUUGUAAUUUUGUUCUAUACUGUUAAAGACAAAAUCAUUGACCACAAGCAUGUCUGUGGAACUGGCUUUAAGAGACAAUAUUUCCAUCUGACUGUGCUCCAUCUUCUAGACUGACACUUUUCUCCUUAACGCAGCCAAAUGGUGUCUGGCUGAAACAUCAAACACACUUGACACAUUGCUUAUUUAAAUAUAUUAAAAUGUUUCCUAAAACAAAUGUGUACAGACAGAUCUGCUUAACUGUACAUUGAGUUCACAUCUCUGGACAUAUAGUGAUGAUAUUGUGAUUUAACAACACAGAUUGUUUGCGAAUUACUGCAAGGACAUUGAUAUAGAUUAAUUAAUGUCACUAAAAUGUGCACAC